GCUGGCCAGACACCCGCCUGGUCGCCCGCCCGUUUACUUGCUGGCCACCGCACGACACAGCAGCGGCGGCAGCGGCGGCGACAGCGGCACGAUCACGGCUACGACAACGACGACGACGACGACGACGACGACGACUAGCGAGUGCGGCCGCGAGUGACUGUGUGUGUGCGCGAGUGAGCGUCCGGCCACUCAGGAGAAGACCGACAGGCCGCCAUCCAGACACAGCAGAGGCUAAGAGACGGCCGACACGACACCCCGCUAGAGGCGGCGACGAUGACGCUCAAAUUGAAGCGAGAAAACUGACGAGUAGACAGCACUAUCACACUCAUAGCGGCGACAGUGAUAGCAGCAGCAGUAGUAGUAGCACUAACAGUGAUAAUAGCAACAGCCGCAGCAUCGGCAGCUGGGGACAAGCGUCAACUACAAUUGACGAAAUACGCAGUCAACAAACUGAGUUGCUGUACAAUUGAACGCUAGACAGACAGCGGCGCAAGCAAGAGCGUUGAACGACGCCAAGCAGCACUUGACUGGCAGUUGCGCAGUGGUACAGUCACAGCUGCUAUAGUAUCUGCUGGCCAGCUACUUUGCAGAGAAGUUAGUGGAAGUUCAAGUUCGGAGUUGCUUAAAGUGCGCCGGUAACAGUGGAGGAAUAGUUGGCGCUCGUGCUAAAUCUACGACGAAUCAAGACAGCAUUAGUUGGCGCGGUGUUCGUCAAGAGCGUUUGCCACAUCUACGAGGUAAACGAGUCGAAAUAAGGGAGCAAACAAAAAACGAGGCGCUGCUCACGAUAUCGACGGAAGGCAAAGAAAGUGAUACCAUAUCAUUAACUUCAUUAAUACCUAUACAAAUGAUUAGAGGAUCGGAUGCGCCACUUCGUAGAUGCGAAGUAGAUGGUGACCAGUAAGCGAAGUCAAAUUGCGUUUAAUCAAGAAUCGCUAUUAUUUCUGUAGUAUAAAUUCUUUUGCCCCAAAGUUCAGUCAUCACUCAUCGUCCAGUGUGAGUGAAAUCGAUUUAGGCUAGAAGGCGCCGCUUUGAUUGCUAGUAUAAUCCGCGUCAUACGCAACCUUCAAGUGUAAAACAGGACAACAGGAACCUUCUCCGAUCUUUAAAUCAUCAAUACCUUUACUACUGAACUUCUUUUGAUGUUCAUAUCUUAGCUACAGUAAGUAACCUGACGGUAUUAUUGGUAGCAAUUGUGUGACUCGACCCCCUCCUGUGGUCUAGCCCUGUUUAUCAACGUUUAUCAAUGUUUAUCAAUUGUGCAUCGUGAUACAUCAUCGUACACAAUAUCAUUGAUAACUUUAUCCACGAAUCCGAAGCAAGUUCAAGUUUCACCGCUUACGUGUCUCCUCGUGAAAAUUUUCCAUGGAAACCUUAUUAUUCUAGUCCAUAGGCGGUCUCAUCUUUACAUCGCCGUCGCACUGGACAUCUUCUAAUAAGUCCUCUUUAUGAUAUUACUGUGUUACUGUGUGGAUUUCAAACCUUUUUCUCCAGCCUUCUAUUGGCAAGGUUCUCGGUCACGUCCUUAAAGUACUAGCAGCGCGGUACUACCUAGUCGAUAUGUAGGCCUGCCGCUGCUGCUGCUGCUGCUGCUGACACAUGCGCCUUUCGUCUGAAUCUUCACGAAAUCAGAGGAGUUUGACGCCUUGAAUCUUGAAUGGUUAACCUGCGCGCGAAAUCAAAAAUCGAGUGCAAGUGUCCUAGUAGUCAGGAAAGAAAACGAGCGCGGUAAGGGGCUUCUAAACUCUACGCAGUAGAGAAUACUCCGAGUACUGUGUGCGUGUGGGUUACGUAUAUGUGAAACAGCCGUUGCGAGUCAUCGGUUAUGCUCUGUGCAUUGUCCUGAUGCGGUACGAGGAGUCAGUGGCUAUUGUCCCCGGUCUAUCCAACGCCAUGGCGGCCUUCCAUCCCAACCCGUUCCAGAUCCUCGGUGCGACACCGUCGCAGCCACAGCGAUCGGCCCCGUCUACGACCGAUUUCUCCAUGCAUUCGAUCUUGAGCCAGCACGGCGGCAUACCGAACGGGCCAUCGGUGCCACCAGGGCUCCUGCCCAGUCACCUUCUGGCGAAUAGUCCGUUAACAAGUGCUGCAGCGGGUGCGGAAGACGAUGGCAUAUGCGACGAUCCGAAGGUAGCCCUCGAGGCAAAGGACCUCUGGGACAAGUUCCACGAUCUUGGCACGGAAAUGGUGAUCACGAAAUCGGGAAGGAGAAUGUUCCCAGCGUUUAAAGUACGAGUGUCAGGUCUGGACAAGCGAGCGAAGUACAUCCUACUGAUGGACAUCGUUGCCGCAGAUGACUGUCGAUAUAAGUUCCAUAAUUCACGGUGGAUGAUCGCCGGUAAGGCGGACCCCGAAAUGCCGAAGCGGAUGUACAUUCACCCCGAUUCACCGGCUACCGGCGAACAAUGGAUGCAAAAAGUGGUUUCAUUCCACAAGCUCAAGCUAACCAACAACAUUUCCGACAAGCACGGAUUUAUGUCAUUUCAGACGAUUCUCAACUCGAUGCACAAGUACCAGCCGCGGUUCCAUCUUGUACGCGCCAGUGAUAUCUCGAAAUUGCCGUACGCCGCGUUCAAGACGUUCGUCUUCCGUGAGACGGAGUUUAUCGCGGUGACAGCGUAUCAAAACGAGAAGAUUACCCAGCUCAAGAUCGACAACAAUCCGUUUGCGAAAGGAUUCCGUGAUACCGGCGCCGGCAAGCGAGAAAAGAAGAGGCAAGCGCUACUAGCCCAGGCGGGGCAAGGUCAACGAAUUCUGACGGAUCGCGAUCGGUUGGCAGCGCAGAAUGCCUCUGGAGGAGCGUCAGCUUGCGCGGACUCUUCCGAUGACGAGGACCGUCUUGACGUCGGCGAACCGGCAGAUAUGCGGCCAGCAUCGCUAACUUCAACCAAUGCGGAGUCGGCCACAAGCUCAAGUCCGGUUGUGGCAACGCCUCCCUCGCAUCUCGCUGGCACAACCGGUCAACUUCCGUCCCUACCAACGUUGUCCGGCUUCAGUGGGCUUGGGAAUCUUCCCGGUUUGGCGGGUAACCCAUACGCCGCACUUCUACAAACUUUACCGCCGCAACAGUUGUCGUUGGUCAUGGCCUAUCAGGAGAUGACAGCCAGACUAAUGUUGGCAAAACGACUUCCAUUGCCACCACAGACCUGGCCAAACGUCGGGCUUCUACCUCACACCGGACAAGAUCCGUUCGCCGCGGCAGCUGCCGCUGCCGCCCUCAUGUUCUCACCGUUUAUGCAACAACAACAGCAGCAGCAAGGUGGUGGUGGAGGAACAACAGGAAACUCGCUAUCAACGCACGGUCACAAUAGUAGCCAAAACGCUCAGAACGGCAACAUUUCGCCCCAUCAUGGCACGCCAGGUGUGCCAUCGUCCCCACCAUCGUCUUCUUCUCGCGUUUGCGACAUUACCAACAUGGAGGCGUUAGUUGACAGUUUGCAGCAACGACGAUCAACGAGUAAACGACGCAGAAGUAGUUCACCAGAUUCAGAGUCAGAACGAUUGCGAAGGUCAACACCACCAUCUCAGCGUCAGCGUCAAACUCCGGCAUCGACGCAAAGAUCAUCCGAUAUCGACGACGAAGAGAGCAGAGAACGGAACGAUGAUGAAAAUUCGCGCCAGAAAACCUCUCGACGCCAGGAGCAUGAGCAGGCCCAUGAUCAGGAUCGAAAUCGGGAUCUGCACGAUCAGAGGAAAGCGUCGUCCUUGGUGCUUGACUCUACAUCACAAAAGUCAUCACGGGCUCUGCCGAUAGAAGCAACAGAAAAUCGAGACGAUGACCACAUUGGCACUACAUUAACGCGAGACAGUAAAAAUUCGGAUAGUGACGAAGCCGAUGACGAAGUAGUGUCGACGGCCGGGGACGAUUAACCGCAAACUCCCCACAACUUUGAGAUACGUAUGUCAACGGGCAACGGUAAUAGUGGGGCGAAGCGGCGUCGCACGAGAGGAUUCCGGUUGAUUCCGGCGGCUAUAGGUUACGAACUGACACAGUCAACCUGUUCGCCGAUAGCAUGCUUCAUUACGAGUUAGUGUACGAUGAUAAAUGCAAUACAACCAUCUGUAAUGACGCCAAUGUUUCUUACUAUUAUUCGCAAGUAUGCGGCACGUUGGGGAGCCGUUAGCCGUCCGCGACUCGUGUAUUGCUUGAACUCAAUCAGUUAGAUCGGUUUGGUCAGUGGGUACUAUAAUCCUUGUAUUUCCUCUAAGGCAGCUGACCAACGAGACCACAUGUACCAUAUAUAACCAUUAGGGGUGCCUGCCACUGACGCUAGAUGCCUGCAAGGUAACGCAGUUGUGUCCAGUCGAUGAAGAAGGGCCGUUUUAGCACCAACGGAUUCGAACCACAGCCGUGCCGUGGGCAGGAAUAGUGACCCCAUUACAUCUUCAAGGUGCCCGGUCCCCAUUCUGAAUGAACGACGACUGAUCGGGUGGACGAAGCUGUAGGUGAAGACUCGAGCGGGGGCGAACGCACGAGAAGCGGAUAGCCUAAUGAAAUCCUCUGUGAUCUCCAAACACAACUAUACAUUCUAAAGGACAAUUAUACGGGUGACUAUAGUGGUAUUAAUAACGGUGAUGAUGACAAUGAUAAUGAUGAUCAUCUUAACUAAAAAAUUAUUCCGUAUUGUAGCUUUGUCAAUGGACAAACAGACUCUUAAUAGAUAGCGUAAGGUUAGAUCGAAACAGGAGACCAUUGCUGAAACAGCACCAAUUAUUACAAUUGCUACCACCCAUUUAACAAAUGAAAAAAAAAACGGUGGAUCGCUACAAACGCUAACGAGAAGUAGUAACAACAACGUUAGCACUUCUGUGCAGGUGGCCACACUUGUCGAUACCAAUCACCAUUGAAGCACGACUCCUGAAGAUCCCAGACCAACCACGCGACUAACAUGUCUUCAAUAAUGCUAAAACAAACUGUUAUCAAGAUACAGCUAUCACGGCAAAAUCGCGCACCCACUUACAGCCUUGUAUAUACAAAGUGGCGUUAAAUUCAGGGCGACAAGAGAAACGACCAUUCAUAGCCUACUUCUGUCGCAAUAAUACAAAACAACGACACACAAAUAAAAGUGGACUCUAAAGUUCCUCUGCUCAAGAUUAGGGCGCGUAACAACAAUGGACGUCCGUUAGAAACUGUACAUUCAAUGGCCGCAGCAAACAAACCGAAAUCGAACUUCCCACAUAAGUUACUUCUAACAUAUAGAAGAAGCUUGAAACCGGCCAGAUAGGUUUACAUCGAUUUUCUGACAGCAUUUGAGGCUGUGCGAUCCGUUGAUCUACCUUACGAGCGCAUAAAGCGUGUAUGUACGUUAACUUUGUGCAGAUGAAAUUGCCCUGCUACGAGUGGCCGGGGCUAGUUCGAGUGGAAUCUGUUGGUAACGCUAUUCCCAACAGAGGGCAGCGCCGCUACCCAACCUGCGCCUGGGUAUCGUACGCCAAUCGCCUCUGGAACAAAAGUGGCUAGUACUCACACAUUAUCACCCCACCGCUCACAUUUGCUGACAAGCAAAAAAAGCCAACGUUGAAUCGAGCGCCGAAAACCUCCGAGGCUGUCAGUUCGCAUUUUGAUAAACGCAGAAGGACUAUUUCGUCAAGAGACGAAGAAGACGCCUCCAACAGAGCGCUUCCUCCCAACGGAACUGACUAGUACCGUAAAGGCCGUGUUAAGAUUCGUUUCCUAUAUAUAAAUAGUGUACUAUUCCAAGUAUAAUAAUAAUUAUCAUUAUUAUGAUAAAAUUAUAAAUAAAAUGGAUAUUCCUAUUAAUAAUCACGAUCUAGCCCCUAGCCGCUAGCUGCGGUUGAAAGAAGAUUAGGCAACGGCGAAAGGUUAGCCCGACGUACGUUUUGCGACAGUUAGGAUCAAGGGAAGGCAAAAUAGCAUUGAAGUAAGGAACUAGCGUGAUUGAGGUCCGAACACAUCGAGCGAGUGGAUUGCGAAUCAGUCUGUAGCCAGCGCCCUCUAGCUACGUUAGCUGCAUUUAGCUAUUAUCAAUAGUAGACAAGAUGGCAAAGCGAAAAUUGGUAAUGAUGGUGAUGCUACUACUGAUGGUAACGAUGAUUAAACACACAGAUACAUAAACAGUUGAGAGCUAUGUUGCAUCAAAUGGACAAACGACAAAAAUCAUAAUAAGUUACAGUGUCGUCGCGAGACAGACGCAGCGGCAGUGGCACAAUCGGCUGUCCUAGAGGUAACCGGGCCUUAGCGAGAACAAACUAAUAGAAACAACUGUGUGUGUGUGUGUGUGUGUUUAAAAUAUACGAUUGUAUACGUAAAGUGCGAAUAUGAAACUGUUGGGGGUGAACAGCUAGAAACAGACGGACACACAUACUUCUGACCCAAAGAACGAAACAUUUUUAGGUAGUAGAUAUAGGGAGAACCCGCUGGAAGCAGGAACGAACAAGUUGAUUGAAAUCCCAAGCCUGAACAUCUGCCUUCAGGGAUGAAGAAUUAUUGAAGAUUAUGAACGGUAAUAUGACUGACAUGACUCGGCAAAAUGACGCGUGUCCAGAAAAAACUAUCGUUCGGUUUGUGAGGAGUAAAGCAUUAAUAAAUUUUCAAUUCGUUAAUUGACUAAUUAACAGAUCUCAGCAAAUGGAGGUCGGGAAUUCUGAACUAACGACCAAAAUAGAUAUAAUUGACAAAAUUCAGAUAACAGACAAAAAUCCUGCCACCCGCGUGUACAUAUUGUCCAAGAUAUAAUGUUGGAAAAAUGGAGCAGAAGCUAAGAUGGGCAAGAGAAGUUCGUUGUGGAGAAAAUAAUCUGACAGCAAAGUUGAAUGUGGCAAAACUUAGCACGAAAAUAGUCUCGGAAAUCAAGGCACGUCGACAGGUCAGCAUCAUUUAUGAAGCGGAACAACAAAAUGACAAAUAAAGAAGAACACGAAAUAAUGUAGCGUAUAAUUAUGUCAAUGUGAAUAUAAUUAUUAUUAUUAUCAUUAUUAUGAUAAUACUGAACGUUAGAGAGAGAGAGAGAGAGAGAGAGAGAGAGAGACAUGAGCUAACGGAGAAGCCUGAACUGUAUACGGAGCAGUGCAAUCAUCGGCGGCAUAAAGCAAUUGAAUUUGCGAUCUCCAUUCAAGACGAAGUCCACACGAAUGGGACGAGUUGAGUUAGGCCAUUAAAAACCUGAAAGGGUUGCAGAACCACCAUUGCGGCAGUGCAUUAUUGGAAUAUCAGAAUAUAGGCUAACAGGUUAUAUCGAAUUCUGGUGACAUAUAACUUCAAAAUAGGUGGAUGGCACUUCUGUCCAAGAAACAUUCAAGUUUAUCUUUAAAGUCCCGAUUGUCCACAGAAAGUAAUUAGUGAAAUUUAAAACUAACUUUCUUUAUUUGUUGGCCGUUGCCAAGGACGAAAAGGACAAGAAGAGGGGUCGCGCCUACCGGCUAAACUAUCUCAGAUGAGAUUCUUCAUCGAGCCUCAUGCUUUCAGUUUUAAUUAACAUACUAUUAAUUCACAAUACAUUAGAAGUUCAAAUGAUGUAAACUGUAGUCCAUGUAUUAUAUGAUAGAUCAGUAAUGAGCUAUUUGAGAGCAAUAGAUAGAUCUAAUCAAGUGGUCCUCAAAAUUUGCAGUUUCUUCCCAAAUUUCAUUAGUUAAUUUAAGCUAAAAGCCAUUAAAUAUAUAUAUAUAUAUAUAUAUAUAGUCAUGCAUAGUUCCUAAGCCCUUAUGUCCUACGGCCAAAAAAUUAUAGUGCUACAAUUAAGCCUAUCGACUAUUAACUGAUAAUCCACCUGUGCGCGAUACAGUAUGGGAAAGUGGGAUCGAAAGGGCAGGAGGAACUCAGGGGAUUCGGUGCGGAACCAGCAACAUUUGCUUGUCGAUAUAACGACGAUGAUGGGGAAGAACAGAUACACAUUGCGGAAAGACAUCACCAUCAAACACUAAACAGAGGAGGAAACCACG